AUGGCAGAUGUGGGGACCGAAGCGACCGCAAGAACCCCGCGGGAUGACGCGACCGAGCGCAAGAAGGCGCUGCUGGUGUUCAAGAGUAACCUCCAGUCAGCCUCCGAUGACGACGACGAAGACGCUUCCGACGAGGAGGACGACGAUGUGACGCUCGUUCACUGCCGUGCAGGGGCGACUCGGGAAGGCGAUCGAGGGGUCCCUGUUGAGGACGAAGAAGAAGAGGAAGAAGAAGAUGACGAGGCACUGAAUGGACGGUCCGAAGACGACGAUCUUGACAGCAGCCCAGCCACGGAGAUGUUGGGACGCUUUGAAAUGGACGAGGACGGUGACGAUCUGGCCAAGGGCACGGCGUUCUCGCAUGUGCAUUCUUCGGGUCGACCCGUCACGACCAGCCAGAUGAAAACUCGUGUCCCCAGUGAGACGGACUCGGCGUCGGAAGCCGCAGCUGGGACUCGUGUGCUGCCGUCCAGUCUCCGAAACAAGAGUCUCGAGAACGCGGACAAUCCCACGACGCUCGCGCUCAAGUCGGGCGCGUCUAAUGUUGGCGCGAUCAUUGCAGCUCGGCGACGCACGACGGCGCGCAAAGAGUGCGAGAUGUGUCACGAACCACGCAACGGACGACGUGCAUUGCUCUGUGUCCAGUGCAAGUGUAUGUACCACACGAGCUGCUUUCGUCAACAGUUUGCCAAGACAGUCCAAGGAUCGAAUCGACAGUGGCGGUGUCCAGACUGUGAUCCGAAUUCGAUAGGCGAUUCUGUGGAGGAGCCACUUGCUGGUUCACUACGGAAGCAACAGCACGUCGACCCUGCUGUCCUGAAGAAUCGUGGAAGUCGCGUCAUAAAAGCUGCCGUAACGAGCCGAAGUAAAAUGGACAACGAUGGCAGAGCUGCACAGCCGGACGGCUCACUAGGUGGUGCAACAGAGACCGAGGUGCAGCGCUUGACGGAUUUAGCAUUGUGUGGUGGCAAAAACAUCAAUGCCGCAAUACUGGAGCAAACAGGGGAGAUGCUACACAUUACGCAAGCUUUGACAAAGGCGAUUGACACGGUCAUGUGUCCUACUUGGCUGGAACACCCUGAUGGUACUGUUGCGCAUGAGGCAAUGCCCGAUGCUCGUUCCGGUGAUAACAGCAACACUGGUGAGUAUAGGCAGCAGCAAACGCAAGUGCCGUCUCCACCUCCGCCCCCGUUUCUGCUGGUUCCUGCAUCGUCUUCUUCGCAAACGUAUUCUGCCGAUGCGACCCACGUUUCUAUAAAAAGCGAGAGCAACGCGCACGUAAGUGGUAGCAACGGCCACAACAGUGUUGUGUGGAACGGUGUGGCGUCAUCAAAUGUGUCUGAGAAGGACGUCCUUUUGCGUCGUGUUCACGAUGGGCUGGCCUCGUUGAAGCAGCUAGUGGAACAGCUUCAAGUCGCCGGCAUCCAGUUCGAGGUUGACUUGAUCCGAAAAGUAAGGGCAGCACCAAAUCAAGACCGCAAGUCCGCAUUACACAGCGGGGCUAAAACUGCGUCGGGACCAGCAAGCCGGUUUGCGUCAGGGUCAAAAGGAAAAAGUGGUGCCAGCCGCUUGUAUUCAUCGAAACAGAUUCAGAAAUUGGAGGAAUGGUACCAGCGCUCGUCUCGGCCAGAGUCGAGUGAAAUACACUCGAUGUAUCGCAUAAUCAACUGCUCGGACUAUGCGGAUCCGGAACUACAACCUGAAGGUAUCUCAGUGAAGCAAAUUCGCAUUUGGUUCGACAAUCGGCGCGCAAAGGAACGUCUCGAUUACAUGCGCUUGAAGAUGAAGGAUAUUUCCACUACUGACAUGGAUGCAGACAGUGUCAAGAAGAUGAAAGCCGCUUACAUCGACGAGGCCAAAGAAGUGCUUGAGGCGCGAGUGUCACGGAUGCGUGAAAAUGGACAAGGAUCAGGUCAAGUCGUCGACGCAGCAGACUUGGCUCUUAUUGCAAACACUUCGGAUCAAAGCAUGCAUGGUAACUCGCUCAACGUUGGUUUGUCUGGCGCAGGAAAAGCCAACUUGGGUAUGGUGAACGCUAGCAAAGAAGGAAGUGAUAGCCUCAGGCUUCCCGGUUCGGCUGGAUCGACAAGCCUGAAGAAGCGCAUACGAAUUGAUUAUGUGGCUUCUGUGAGGAAGGCAAUCAAAGAUGCGCGUGAUGCUGGUAAGAGCGACGAGGAAACGAAAGCGCUGCGCACUGCUGCGAUCGAACGCGCACGAGAACGGUUGCAUGUGCCCUACAAGAAUGCACGCACUGGACCGUCAAAGCCGCUGGGCAAAGAGGAAGUAUCACAUAUCAAGAUGAGAAUGUUGCAGCUGUUGGAGGAAGACGCACCCUCCGAGGAAGUGACCGACAUCAUUGAGCUACUGUUGUCGCUUAUUAUUCCCUACACCGUCCUGAUCGAGUCGGGCAUUCAGCAGCAGCUGGAAUUGAUCCUUGUAGCACACAAAGACAACAAAGAGCUCGUGCGGCAGACCAAACGACUGCAGGGAGAAUUCAACUUCAUUGUGGAUAACGGUGAUGCACCGAACGUGGUUGCCGCGAUGGCUGGAGAGUUAAGUGCCAGCAAAAAACGAAAGGAAAAGCCACGGUCGCUGUUGUUACAUAUGGACACUGAAUCAUUGCCUGGGACACCCGGAUCUUCGCCAAUAUCUGGCCCAACACCAUCGCCGGAGUCGCGUCGACCGCGUGUCAAGUUUUCGUUGGCCCAGCUGGUGAAGCUCGAGAAGUACUUUCACAAGGAGGACACACCAAGCAAGAAGAAGCUGGAUAAAAUCGCUGCGCGGUUAAAUGGGAUUGCGUCCCUCGACCCAUCAAGUGAUGCAGCUCAGAGGUCUAUCGAUUACAAGCAAAUCCGCUGCUGGUUUUACAAACGUCGCUCAGCCAAUCAACCUCCUCAGGCUUUGAGUGGCGCAGAUUUGCACAAAAUCGAUGACACCGUCUCGAGUUCGUCUUGUUCCAGUGACACUGAGUCGGACGACGACAAUAAAUCGGAGAAGGGCUCGGUGGCAAAGCGCAAAGCACCGUCAGGUGACGACAAGGUCGGUGUUAAGCGCUGCAAAUCAGAGUCGCCCAUCCAACCUGCUUCAUUUGGGACGCCAACAGCGAAGAGUGAGGAUGCGAUGGUAGUAGACAGUGAUGGCGAAACGGUUGGUGGCAUCCGUACAGGGCGGGUCUUCAAUAUGAAACAGCUUGCGACAAUUAUCGAGGAGUACGAAAAGAAUCCGCAGCCAACAGUGGCCCGACUGGAGGAAUUGCUCAAGGUGUUGAACCGAGACGAUCACGUUGACGAGCAUUCUGCACCUGGCACUGGCGUAACAAAGCAGCAGGUCGCAACAUGGUUCUCGGACCGCCGCGCAAAAGAGCGUCUUGAUCUGUUCAAGAUGACUCGGGCAGGUGGUGGCCAAGAGAGCCGUGGUUGUAAUAAUGGAGAUGGUCACGAGCGCGAAGAAACCGAGACGAGAAAUGUCAGUCACGUUGGACGAGUCUACGUCAGUGAGGGAGAUGCUGGCGCUGGAGACGCAAGCAGUUGA